AUGGAUAAAGAUGAUGGGUUAACCAGAAGUAAUAUUUAUAAUUUAGUUGUUAUUGAAUUAAAAUCUGAUGUUAGAAUGAGCAACAAUGUUAUGCCUGUUUUUAUCGAUUGGAUUAUAAAAUUUACAGUCCAAAAUGGAUUAGUUGGAAAGGUAAAUUUAUAGGGUUUUAAUUUUUGUAUAUUUUUAAGUAAGAAUAUUAACAACACAAUAAUAAGUAGGUAUAUUCUGAACAUUGCAAAUAUUCUUAAACUUAUCUAACGGAAAUUGGGUUUUAUAGCUCGCAAGCUGGGGUGAUAUGAAUAAUAUGGCUGAAAGUUCUGUUUUAUCAUUACCAUACAUUGACCGUCAAACAUGUUUACAAAUGUAUGAAAAUGUAUUUAAAAAUAACUUAACUACGGAUACAUUUUGUGCUGGUUCUAAAUCAGGUGGUACAAUCUAG